AUGAGCUUCGAGCUCACAGCCUUCCCCCUUCUGGGGAUUGAGCGGUUUCUUUACGGAUACAUCUAUCAGUUUCCCGAGUCAUUCAAGCGUUGUUGCAAGGGGCCGCUGAAGUCACUCCUGGACUACGACGAGGGUGUCUACUGGCAGGUAGCGAAGCAUCUGGGCGUGGGCAUCAAAGUCUUCCAGUUUGGAGUCUUGGGCUAUGACCUUGUCUUGCGAAGGAGCUUGUCGCUUGCUGAACCACGCCUGCUUUGCAGCGAGCCCAUCGAGGUUCAAGUUUACACAAAAUCCGGCAGAAUGCGCCAUGGCGGAGCCGGAGUUAGCCUCCAAGGGGCCGCGGAAGAGGCGGGCAGAGAUGACCUGGCCUUCCACCCUUUGGUGAGGCCAGAAGAUGAACUGCUGGAAGCAGGACGCUGGAAGAAGCCUGCAAAAGAAGGUGAAUCCAAAGGCCAUCUCAUCUAUCUGACCGGAGCGAGGUCACUGCUGGCUCUUUGGAUCCUGGGAGACCAUUUCAUUCACCGGGCCAGUGUCUUCACAGACCGCUCGAACGUCGCCGUCGCUGCAUUCAUUUCACUGAGUGGCUUCGUGACCCAAUGGGCUUACAGCACCCGAGACUUUUCGCGCGUGGGUACCGUCUUCCAGUACCUGGUUAGGCGCAUUGGAAGAGUGGCACUGACCACUUACUUCGCCAUGCUGGCUGCUGUGGGCGUACUGGCAGUGCAGACUCACAUCCCGAGCUGGAGGCACAUGGUCCGGUGUUUCCUCUUCGUGGAAACCUGGUUACAGCCAGAAAACUGGUGCCCCGAUGGGCAAAGUUGGACCAUCGCGGCGCUCCUGCCCAGCUGGCUGCUCUACCCCUCGCUGAAGCAUCUGGUUGGCCUCAUGGAGAAGAAGUACGGCGCUUUAGGCCUCCUGCAGCUUUUGCUUGUGCUCUGGAUGAUUUCCGCCGGGCCAAGCUUGGUGGUCUUUCUGCUGCAGGACGGCUUCUUGACCAACAAGCAGCACAACCUUGCAUACCUCUGGCCUCCGAGCCAAAUGCCGGAUUUUGCAAUCGGCGUGAUUGCAGCAACGCUGGCCAAACGGCACGACGCAAGCUCUGCAAAGUCAGGGUUGCCGCCUGCCUGGCUGCGGGGUCUGCUUGCAGAUCUGUCCCUCAUCAUCAUUUUCGCUGUGGUGUUAUUGGUGCCCAGCUCGGGUUACCACGAGGGCUGGGAGCCCCUCUACAACCACAGCCUGGGCCCGCUCUGGGCGCUGUUCUUCUACGGCUCCGCUGCCAGCCAGGGCUCAGGCAUCUCGGCCUGGUCCCUCGGAGUGGCCCCCUUGGCCGUUCUCGGAAAGUACAGCUUCGAGGUCUUCUUGUUUCAGCAGCCGCUCUUCAACGCUUUCGAGAUUCUUUGGAUUGCAGGCAUGAACGAGGUUCUGCCCAUGUGGGGUUUUGCCACCAUCUUCCUGGUGACACUGUAUGCCCUCUCCGCGAUCUAUGCGGAGUGCAUCGAGGCGAUUCCGCUGCCACUCCUGACCCUCUGCACAGGUAUCGGAACCCUUCUACCAGUCAUGGCCUCCCGAAUCCUGGCAGUUGUGCUGGCGACAGCAGCAGUUGCAGCUCUGCUGCGAAGCGAGGCCUUCGUCUCGGGAGUGCCGCAGCGGUCAGUCCAGCUGCCUUCCAAGGUGGCACUGGCGGCAGAGUCCAGCUCCUUCUCCCUGGCGGAGUACCCGGAGAACGAUGAGAACAUCAGCAGUGCCUCUAUUGUGUUCUGGGGCAUCUUCGGCCUCCUGCUGCCCCUCCUUGGCGGCUUUACCACGGGCUUGAUCUUCGCAGCUUUGGGCUGGGGCCUGUCCACCGGGGGAGUUCUCAGUUUCGUGAAGAAGACCAAGUCCAUUGAGGAGUAUGCCGAUUACGUGACGCAGGUCAGCGACCUUGGCAAGAAGGGUGGCGAGUACGGUCUGAAGGCAUACAACUUCGUGGCGAAGAAGACUGGAGAAAUGUCGAAGUGA